ACAAAUCAAAAUACUGUGACCAUGAGCGGAAAGAUCAUCUUCUUUGAGGAGAGAAACUUCCAGGGCCGUUCGUAUGAGUGCGUCAGCGACUGCUCGGAGCUGGCCUCGCACCUGAGCCGCUGCAGCUCCUGCAGGGUGGAGAGCGGCCGCUUCGUGGUCUACGACCAGCCCAACUUCACCGGGCAGCAGUUCCUGCUGACCCGGGGCGAGUACCCCGAGUACCAGAGCACCACCGGCUUCAGCGACUGCAUCCAGUCCUGCCGCGCCGUCCCCCUGCACAAGGGGCCUUUCAAGAUGAGGAUCUACGAGCUGAAGAACUUCGAGGGCCAGAUGCACGAGCUGACCGAGGACUGCAGCUCCAUCAAGGACAGCUACCACAUGUCGGACAUGCAGUCCUGCAACGUGAUGGACGGCCACUGGCUCAUGUUCGAGGAGCCCAACUACGAGGGCCGGAUGUUCUACCUGAGGCCCGGAGAGUACCGGAACCUGCGGGAGAUCAGCCCCGACGACACGAGGUUCAACUCCGUCAGGCGCAUCAUCGAACCCUGACGGUCUCCGGACCGGUUCAGGCUGAUCGCUCUUUCAAAAAACGCUCCUUUAUCAGAUUGUUAAAUAGCGGAGCAG